CUCACUGUUAAAAUAAAUGACUCAACUUCGAAGUCACCCUGUAUAAUUGUACAAGAGUUUCAGAUGUAUGCAAAGAGCCGGCAACGUUAGUUGUUGAACAAUCUGACAACCAUGUGGCAUCAAGAAAAAAUGGCGAUUGACACUGACAUAAAUCGACUUUGUUGCCCUAUGGAUAGAUAGCACUUGAAUAAACCUUAUCCGGGUAUAUGUUUUGUGCUCCUACCGGUUUGUUGACUUCACAUACGUCAAAAUGACAAUCCGAGUCCAAAUCGCAAAAAUUAUUUGUUUUUAAAAAAUGUUUUGACUUGAAAGAGGAAUCCGUGGAGACGAUAACAUGUAAUGCAUCCUCCAAAGCUGAAUAACUUCUCCAUCAGGUGAAGGCAAAAUAAUCCACAAGAUGGACAAAUACAAUCAUAUAACGAACAUAACAUAGUGCAUAGACGAGAGAUUAACUAAGAAAAUGUCAAAAGGCUCAGGAGAGUCCAUGACUGUUGGAUCAGUGCUAUGGUUGCAGCAAGCAGAUGCACUGAAUACCUUCACCAAGAUGUGGUAUCACGUCUUCCUUUGGGCCUUGUUCUCAUCGAUACUAGUCCAUACAGCAGCUCUAAUCGCAUUCCUUACAUUAAGAAAACACAAAUUCGGCAAGUUCUUUCCGAUCUUCAUUCUGCUGAUGGGCCUGAUGACACCCGCAUUGACAGGAAUCGUGACAAGUGCUGCAAUCGCUUUCGUCUACAGGGCGUCCAGUCUGCCGAUGAAUCCCCUCUAUGCGCUGUUCUGGGGCUGUGGUCAAACUGUCAUCACCGGCUGUAUGGGAUUCACCAGGAUUCUGGCAACACUGUAAACGUUGGCGUGGGAUUCGUCAGGCGUAAAUUGGCAGCACUGUAAACGGUGGCGUAUGGGAUUCGUCUAUAUCGGCAACAAUGUAAUCGGUGACGUGGGACUAAGGUGUGUGCGGUUUUAGGUCUCUUGUAGAGUAUAAAUGUGAUGGUGCUAUGGUUUGUUUGGUGUUAGUUGCUAUUGGAAUAUCAGAUACGGGGUGGGGUUGAAUUUUUGGGGGUUUUAUAAAUGUUUUUGAAUUUUCUAAAUGCUUUUUGGAUGUUUAUCUUGGUUUUUGGUGUAUUUAUAAAUCAUAUGGCACAAGUUGAAUAUUGAUUGGACUCUAUGUAAGUACUUAUUUAGAUAUAGAAUUUUAUAUUAUAUAUACAGAUGCACAGUUUCAACUUUGAAAGUUAUUUUAAUCUUUUAGCAGUUGAAUAAUUUUACAAGUGCCAAGAACCAAAGUAACCACAAAGAAUGAAACUAGCGAAGCAGAAAAUGCUUCUAGAGGCAGAAUCACAAAGGGACUUCUAGAAAGAUGUAAGCAGCAUGAUCUUAGAAUCAGUUUCUUGAUAAAUCUUAUCAGAUACUGGAACUGAAAGUUAAUAAAAUCUCAAUUCAAAUAGUUUUUUUUACCAAUAUACCUCGAAAAUGUAGCAGCAUGUUGGUGUUUUCUGUAUUAAACUAUUGUUAUUAGGAUUGCCAACAAGGCUUCUCAAAAAGAAGUUACUUACAUAGGACCUAAAAGACCGAUUCAGUGCACUCCAGAAAAAUAUGUUUCUUUAACAUGUCUAACAUUGCCAUUGUUCUCUUGGAAUGUUUACAUACUUUUAAGAAAUCCAAAUCAGUGAUUUUACUGUCAUCCAAAAUAUGCCCUUCUAAUUAUUGAUGGUCCAAAAUAUUAUUGACCAAAAUAUAAAUUAUAAGAUUAGAUAUUAUUAUCGCAGGCUUUCGCCAGUAUGUAUAAUAUUUGCUAAGGCAAAAUCACUUAGUAGAUGAAGAAUGUUUCUCAAAUUUUGAUGGCAAGUACAAGAUUUUUGCCUGUGGUAAGAUAUGUAGCAUGAUGAGAGUUAUUUAUUUUGAGUUCUAGCUUGGCACUUCUUUAUACCUACAUGCAGUAUACUAAUUCUCUUUGGCAGCUUUAGUAGAGGAUUCAGUUAUCUUUGAUCACUUUUCAGAUUUUUUUUUAAUAAAUUUGUGACGUUUAUAAUAUAUUCCAGUUGUCAACAAAAUUUAGGAACAUUUUAGAUUUCUGCACGUCCAUACAUGCUUGUACUUUCAUAUUUUUAUAGUAUUUAUUGUGAUUCUGAUGUUCCAAUAGGCAUCAAACAAAAAAAUAUGUAUAGGUAGACAAGUACUGGAUGUAUACAAGUAUAAACAAUAUGUAUAUAAUGCAGAUUUUAGGUUCUAGUAUUACUUUGUAAAUACUUUGCAAUGUGUACAAAUAUUAGCGUAAGGAGGAAGUCAUGAAAGCCUAAGUCAAUAUAUGUAUUUUUACUUUCAAUUCUUGAAAUAAAUUGAUUAAACCAUUUACA